UCCUGCCCCCCGGUCGGUAAAAAUGGCUGCUCCGGCGGCGGCGGUUUCGGCUUCGCUCCCCGAUUCGUGUCCGAACUUCGCAGUGGUGUGUUCCUUCCUGGAGCGCUACGGGCCUGCGCUGGACCUGCCGGAGCUGACGUUCCCGCAGAUAGAGCGCUACCUGCGGGACACCACGACAGCCUCUCAACCACUGGUGGAGCUUCACGUGAAGCUCAUGAGAAAAAUCGGAAAGUCUGUGUCUGCAGACAGAUGGGAGAAGUACUUGAUCAAGAUGUGUCAGGAGCUGAACGCCACUUGGGCCUGGGAGCUGGAGAAGAAGGGCUACGUGGAGCUCAGCGUGGAGAGCAAGGCCGGAAUCCUGAAAUACUUGUGCGAGUGCCAGUUUGAUGACAACUUCAAGUUCAAGACAGCAGUCAAUGAGGAGGACCCCGACAAGAUGCGCAUGCAGCCUAUCGGCCGGGACAAGGACGGCCUCGUGUACUGGUUUCAGCUGGACCAGGAUCACAAUGUGAGGGUCUACAUAGAGGAGCAGGAUGACCUGGAUGGAUCGUCCUGGAAGUGCAUUGUCAGGACAAGAGAUGACUUGGCAGAGAUUUUGGAGCUGCUAAAGGCUCAGAUUGACCCGGCGCUGCUGAACAAGAAGGAAACACCAGGGGGCUCCACCAGCGCCAGCCCCAGUCCAGAAGAUGAGGACUCUAAGAAAGAGGGGGCACAAGGCCAGUCGGGUGAUGUGAGAAAGGCCAAAAAUUCUGAAGAUGUUUCUGAAGAUGAAGGUGGUUCUUCUGCAAAGGACAGCUCACUGUGUGCCUCCUCAAAGACAUCUGGUGAAGAAGAGCCAUCCUCAGAGAAAGAAGGAAAGAGGGGUUUGAUGCAAGAGGUGAAAUGGAUCUCAGUACAGAAGACAGAGGAGAAAGGAGUUGACCUGCAGAAGACUAAGGAUCAGCCUCUUGUUGACAACAGGGUCAGAACCAUCACUGCUAUUGUAAAAGAGGAAUCAAAAGACCCAGAAAUUGUCACAACCCUCACCCAGAGUCGAACAUCAGUGAUCGAGAGAGUGGAGGGUCCUGCCAAGUUGGAAACCAAAGAGGCAGCGAGGGAGAAGACACCUGAAGAGGUUGAGAGAGCCAUGAAGAAUGACCAGCAGGCCAAAAUCCCCCUGAAAAAGCGGGAGCUCAAGCUGAGGGAGGACUUUGACAGUGGAGGGGGUAUUAUCAUACGUAACCCGUCCAUCACUCCCACAAAGGAGCUGGUGAAAGAGGAGGUGGGGAGAUGUGAGGAUGCGAUGAAGGCACCACCCAAACCCAUAGGGACCAUAGAGAAGGGUGUCAGAGGCAUCCUGCUCAAUGGAAAAAUGAUGCCCACCAAGGAAGUGGUGGACACAGGAGGAAUUAAAGAGCAGUUCAUGAGUGGAAAGUCCACAAGAGUGGAUACAGCAGAAGGGGACACCUCAGCCAGGAGUGAAAAUGGAGAGGUAGGGGACACGGCGAAGGCUAGAUCGAGUGCAGUGAAGGAAAAAUGUCUUGGACAAGAAAAAAACAAACUACCUGAACCUGGGAGUAAAGUCUCAACUGCUGAAGGGAAGGAAAACGCAUCUGCUGGUACAGUUACUGCUGCUGUGGACAGAACAAUGUCAAGAAUCACUUCUGCAGAGGUCCAGAAAUGCCCUGAACCUCAGGAUGCUGCUCAGCCAGGACUCAAGGAGGAGCAGGAGAAAUUACCCAAACAAGUGUUCAAAGAAAAGACUGUGAAACAAGACCCAGAAGACAAACGUGCAGCUUUCGGAGAAUCGGAAGAGGACAGAUAUAACGCACAGGAAGGAUCAACCACAGAAUCCUGUCCCACUGAGACAGAGACUCCGGAAAGAAAGGUCAAGAUGGCAGAUUCGACGUAUGAGAAGCCUCUCGAUCAGAAAGUUUCCACUGAAGCACAGAGAGAAGGUAAAGUAAGGAAAUGUGCCUCAGCUGUGAAGGAGCUCACUGAGCGUCAGAAUGGUGGACCAAAAGUGGAGGACAAGUUGGAAAGGAAAGAGAACAUCCCACAGGAAGAGCGAGAGGGUCAAGAGGAUGAGAAAGAAAAAAGCACAGCAGUAGGAGAGGCUACAUCAGGCAAAGGGGCACCUGAACAAAACAUCCAGGGGUCAGCUGAACAUCAGGAACCUGAUCCGGUGGCAAAGGAGAUCAAGGAAGACGACGUGUCGUCAGAAAUCCAGAAGGAGGGCAUCCGCUUGAAGAUCAAGAUUCCGGCCAACCGGAGGAAGGUCUCCAUCCAGCUGGAGGAGAAGAGGCUGGGCUCCGAGAGCGACACUACAGAUGGGAGGUCACUCAGGAGGUCCCCGAGGAUAUGUCGGCCCACUGCCAAGCUGGCGGAGAUCCAGGACAUGAAGCAGGAGAAGAAGCAGGCGUCCUCGGUGGUCCGUGAGGAGGGGGAGGACGGUGACGAGGAAAGGAAAUCGGCGCAGAGGAAGUUAAGAGAGAACUCGAGGAAAACUGGGCUGGAGAGUCGCACCAAGUUGACCAAGGGUCAGCGGCAGAGCGGCCGGAGCAGGUGGUCAGGCGCCCGCGCAAAGCAGUGCAGGACGAAGGGGUCCAGCGAGGAGGAUGAGGAGCAGAGCGAGGAGGACGACAGCGACGAGGACUACGUGAUGGAGAAGGACAGGCUCGGCAACGAUUUCGCGUCCGGCUCGGACGAGAGCCCGAACGACGACCCCUGCAAACACUGCGGGCUCCCCAACCACCCCGAGCUGAUCCUGCUUUGCGACUCCUGCGACAGCGGCUAUCACACCGCCUGCCUGCGGCCUCCUCUCAUGAUCAUCCCCGACGGCGAGUGGUUCUGCCCCCCUUGCCAGCACAAGUUCCUGUGCGAGAAGCUGGAGGAGCAGCUGCAGAACCUCGAUGUGGCUCUGAAGAAGCGGGAACGUGCUGAACGCAGGCGUGAGCGCCUGGUGUACGUGGGCAUCAGCGUGGAGAACAUCAUCCCCCCUCCCGAGGCUGAAGCGGAAGAGGAAAAGCAGGUGAAGAAGAAGGACGCGAAAAAAAGCCGAAACCAGGGGAGAAGGUCGACCAGAGCGAAGAAAUGCAUCAGCUACAGGUUCGACGACUUUGACGAAGCUAUUGAUGAGGCAAUCGAGGAAGACAUCAAGGAAGCUGAGGGCGGAGGUGCUGGCCGGGGGAAGGACAUGGCCAACAUCACGGGUCACCGGGGCAAAGACAUGUCCACCAUCAUGCAUGAGGAGGGUAAGGAGAACAGACGGCCUGCCAGGAAGGUGGCGGCACAGCACCGGCGUAAACGGCGGCGUCUCAACGACCUGGACAGCGACAGCAGCGGCGACGACGACGAGAGCGAGGAGGAGUUUCGCCUGAGCACCAGUUCUGAGGAAGAGGAGUUUGUCGGCGAAAGUGAUGAGGAGGCCCAGUACCGCAGCGACAGCGAUUUCAGCAGCACUGGGCGCCGUCCAAAGGUGUGGGCGUCGAGCAGUGAGGAGGAAGAAGAGGUUGAUGAUGAGAUGGUGACGGAGGGCUCCAGCGAGUUGAGCGAUGGUGACCUGGACCUGCGGAGACGUCGCUCCCGCCGCAGCCGGAAGUCUCAGGUGAACUAUCGCGAGACGUCCGACAGCGAGGCCUCACAGGUGUCCAGGAACCGGGACCGGCCCAAGGUCCACCGGCGCUGGCUCUCCAGCUCGGAAAGUGAAGGGGCUCUGCGCUCCAGACACUCAGACGAUGACGACAACGACGAAGAAGAGGAGGAUGAGCAAGGGGGCAGGAGUAGGACGAAGACGAAGGGGGAGAGCAAACGUAGUUGGUCGGAUAAAGAGUUAUGGAGGCGACGCAGGCGGCUUGCGCAGAAGCGACGACGAGCCUCGGAGGAUGACGAGGACGAAUCAGAGGAGUCGGAGGAGGAAGAGCGCCCCGUCCGCAAGAGGCUCAACCGCAUUGAGACGGACGAGGAGGAUGAGGACGAAGAAAAGGAGCCACAGGAGAACAAGAAGAACACGGGGGAGGAGGGCGACAGCAGUGCAAAGAGACCCCGGAGGACAGCCACCGGGGGGGGCGCGCUGGGCCACCGACCGGGCGCAGCGCCCCCCACUAACGGACAGGCUGCCGCCAGGCCCAAGAACUCCGGGGCGCCGAAUGGCGUCGGGCGCCAGGAGGUGCCGUCCCAUGAGGAAGAUGAAGAUGACCUGCUCGGUGUCACUGACCUCGUGGACUACGUUUGUAACAGCGAACAGCUCUAGAUGUCGUUCUUUCCUCCUUCCUGCCUUUUGAUGACCAACAUGCAGCCCAGUCGCACCCCGUCUGCUCCCAGUGCAUGCUGGACCUGGCGCUGGCUCCCUGGGGCGUCGUGACUGAAGGAGGCCAGCUGGAGCGCGCGCACACACGCACACACACACACACGCACACACACACACGCACACACACUCUGAGCUGGAGGGAGACCCCAAGCCGCACUCGUGAGCAGGCAGGAGCGCCGUGGCUCUGCUCAUCGCUGGAGCUUCUGUUGUACCUGAAGUCACCUGGUUGUGUUCCAUUUCCCCAAACUUUCACAUUCAUGUGUUUUGUAUAAAAAAGGCCGGCUGGAGAAAAGGAGGCAGGCGGGGCUACAAGUGCAUUCCUACACAUGCGUGCUGCUCCAGGGACACAGGAGUGUGUGCUUUCAACACACCGCCCGAGUGUGUUGAGGCUGCAGGGAAGGACUGAUCCGUAAAAGACCACUUGGGUUUGAUUUCCCUCUUCCCCACGGUGUCCCCCCCGCGUCCCCGUGCGUCCCCUCCUCUGCCGUACGCCACUCGGAAGGUGGUGAGGGACACAUCGCGGUCCUGCCGACUCGUCAUGAUUCCUGCCCCACUGCACCACUUUCGUGUGACGUUUAGGGUUUUCUCCUCACUGGUUCUGCACUGACAUUUUUUUUGGAUCCUUCAUGUUGUUGCCUUACCUUAGUAACAUUUGUAUUAAAUUAAUGUUAAAUUAUUAGAUGUCUUUCCCUCUCUGCCCUCUGAUUUGUUGAACAUAUAUUUAUUGUUUCAUUUUCUGGCUCCUUUGCUCACCUGUUCAUUUCCCUCGACAUCCAGUUCGCAUGGGACGUGUCCAACUGUUGGCUCUGCUGGAUUCACACGCAGUUCCGCUAAAACUCCGAACGUAGUCUUUUGAACGUUAGGCGCCGCUUCCCCAGUUGGACAAACAUUGAGCCAUUUAUGUGGACCAUUUCAAUCAGGCUUCCAAGUGUGAUGGAAAAACGGGGCCCGGAGAGUUGAGGCGGGUCGUGUCGACGCUCUGCUGCGCAGGCAGGGCCCCGAAGGCCGAGCACAGGGCCGAGCACAGGGCCUUUCCCGCAUUGUUCUCACGCUGCCUGUGUGGUGUGUGUCCCCACAGAGACAGCAUGAGCCCCUCCACAGCGCUCCUGCAGGGAAUCGGGCGAAAAGCCCGUUUGUCCGUACGAACGUCGGCUUGGACGUCUGGACGUCUGCAGGUGUCCGGGAAGUCCGGUCCUGUUCUGAGUCGAACCCUCGACUUGACUAAGGUUCUCUGCUGCACAAAGCUCAAGCGGUCCAGGUCCGCGGUCUUAACGUGAGUUGCUCCAGCAAUUUAAAGGAAAAAAAAAAAGCAAACAGCAUUAUCUCUACUUGGUGUGUACAUUUGUAGUUUAUGAUGUAACAUAUUUAGAUGCUUUUAAAUAAUGAGAAUAUAUAUAUAUUAGCAAUUCUUUGUGAUUGCAGCUGUUAAUACUGGUUUUGUAGUUCGCCGUGACAUUUGCACAACUUUUGUAAUGUUACCCCAAGUACUGGCGUGGUACACAUGGUCAUUGUGUGGAACAGUAGGUGUCUCCUGGCCCGAAUCCCAGCACGCUUGAAGCCCUGCAGCUGCUGCUUUACCGCAUUUACCGCAUUCACCGCAGUCGCUCCUCACUCGGCCCCUCUCCGCGCAUCCGGCGCAACCGAUUCACCCAAUGCUUCCGGCGACAUUCCGCCUCACCGUUUGACCGCAAAUGUUGAUGUUGACAAGCAAAAGUUUUGUUUUUGCCCGGCGCCUGUUUCUUGUGCGAAGUGGGUUCGCUGCAGGCGUAGCGUGUGAUCCAUCGCGUUCAAAUAGCGACACGUGACGUUACCAGCGAGCACUGUGCACCGUGCCGUGAGCGACGGCAAGUCUCCGGUCAGAAAACGGGGGCCACUGAAUUCCGGUCUCCGUUCAGGAUCACUUGCUUCUCCCAAACUACUGAAUGAAGGACAUGGUGCAUGAGAGAGGUAAAAGAGUGUGCAACUUCUGCUAUGUCACCUGUGCUCAGUCUCUUGUCUGCAGGGUUUUUUCCAGCACGUAUAAAAACACAUUGCUUCGCACAACUCUAACGUGUUGCUUCUUUUCAGACGAGCAGUGCCAAUACUUCUGUGUGUGUCGUGUUGUUUCAUUGCGUCUUGUCAGAAUCUCGUGAAAAAGAUAGGCCUGCAGAUGUGGACGGUAGAUCCAGACCUCGGUGUGUAUCCCUCUGUUCUCCUCCGAGUAUUUUGUUAAACCUGCUGUAACUUUUGGUAUCUACGAACGACUUGUACAUUUUGUCAUAAUAAAAAGCUUUAAAAUAUUGUCUGGAAAAAA